CCAGGACCCGGACUACCAAGCAGGCAAAACCUAUUAACUCUAUGUGAUCUAUCGUUCUGAUCCAAGCCGACCUUAGCACAUGCCAUGGCAGGUACCUCAGUUCCGCCCUUCUAACAAACUCGCCCCCCAAGAUGACUAUGGAUGCAAAUAAAGAACCCAUUGAGCUUGCUCGGCGAGAUACGGAAAGCCCAAGAGCAGAGUACCUUCUGCGCUUGCCUAGCCGAGUGGCCAAGCCGCUCUGCGCGCUGCUCCAGGACCCCCGGGAUGAGCCGAUCCUACAUUUGCUCUGCAAUCAGCUGCUGCUGGUCGUACCAGCUGCCACCCUCCUCUUUACAUGCACACAGAGCCACUGGUUAGGUGCGCUGUACCUAGCGCUCAACUAUGCGCUUUUCCUUCAACGCUACAUGCUCACACUACACUUCACCGAGCAUAGAGGCCUCUUCAAGAGAGAGUACGGCCUCCUCAACGCCAUUAUUCCGUACUUCCUAUGCAACUUGUACGGCGUGCCAUGCGGGUUCUACAAUCUCCACCACGUCGUCAUGCAUCACGUGGAGGACAAUGCCAGCCCUGGGGACCUCUCCUCCACUGAAACCAUGCAGCGAGAUAGCCUGCGGCAUUUUGCAAGGUACUGGGUCCGCUUCUGGCUGGGUACCUGGGUCGAGCUGCCGCUGUACGCGCUGCGCAAGGGCCGCCCCCGACAGGCGGCUGCCUGCGUGGCCUGCGCGACCACCUACUGGGCAGUGCUGGCGGCGUUGUGGCGGCUCAACUCCGUGGCUACGCUGUGGGCGCUGGUGGUGCCGUUCUUCGUGUCUACGUUCGCGCUCAUGUUCGGCAACUGGAGCCAGCACGUGUUUGUAGACCCGGAUGAGCCGCGCAAUACGUACCGCAGUACGUACAACUGCGUGGCGUGCUCCGACAACCAGCGCACCUACAACGACGGCUACCACAUCAUCCACCACCUCAAUUCGCGCCUGCAUUGGUCGGAGCUGCCGCGGCGCUUCGUUGAUACGCUGGCGGCUCACGAUGACAACGACGCCCUGGUGUUUAGAGGCAUCGGCUUCUUCGAUGUGGGGCUCAUGGUCUUCACGGGGCAGCUGGACAGGCUGGCGAGCUACAUCGUGCCUUGCGGCCCGAAGCAACGGGCGCGCAGCCGAGAGGAGUGGGUUGCGCUGCUGCGGUAUCGCUUACAGCCCGCGAGGAUAAAGGGCGCGGCGCCGGCAGCUCGACUGCAGGCGGCAGCGUCCUGAGAGCUGGGUUAGGGCUGACGCCGUCAAGAGUACGACUUGAGUCAAAUGGGCGUGUGCGGUUUGCCGGGAGCCUUGCUUGUAUUGUAACAGCGACCUGUGUUAUGGCUGUGCGGCUACCGUUGUCGAAGGUUGUUCUGUGUAUGCUUCGAGGCAAUGUUGUGUGCACGCGUAAAGGGAACCCUUCAUCGUCAUCCUCGGAAUCAGCAAUGUUCAUGGGUUCGUUAUACAAAGCGCCCUGCCUUGUUAC